GCGAUUCUUUUUUAUUGAGUCUCGCAACCAAUCAAUUGAGACUAAAAUAAUGGACACUUUUGUUUAUGGAGCAACGGGCUCAUUCGAAUAAAUGAAUAGCUCUUGAUAUUAUUAUUAUUAUUAUAGAGACGGGUCUAGAUCUAGAUCUCAAUCUUAGAUUGUAAUCUAGAUAAAUAUACUGUAUUUUUUAUGUUAAUUGCUCUACCUUUCAUUACACUGUUACUUAUCGAUCUACAUCUAGUAUAGUAUAAGUAAAGAACUGAGUUUCAGUUUGAGAAUUGUGAAUCACGACAUUCAUUGUCUUUAAUAGACUUUAUCAUUCAAGUUUCAACAUUGAUGAUUGUUGUAUUUUCAUAAUUUUGUCACUUGGUGACUUAAGUUAACUUACUUAAAAUUAGAACACAUAGUUUGAUGAUUAGAUCUAGUACUUAGAAUCUACAGACUUAGGUUCGUGACUUAGAUCUAGAUCUAGCUAGUUUUGUAGUUAUUGUCAGUUAUCAAUAGCCAAUUAACUUAUUAAGACAAUUGUAAAGUCUACUAAAGUAGUAGAUCUAGUCAACAGUAAUUCAAGUAAUUGUAAUAGUUUAGUAUUAAAAUCUAGUAAUACUCAGUAUUAGUAAUAGCAUGGCUCAUUUAGCUACUACAGGGUCAGUUAGCCAUACUAUCAUAUUAAAGGAAGAAGAGGAAUUUUCUCCUUCCAUGAGUCAUGCUGAAACAGAUGGUGAAACGCAGGAAUUAGAAAAUGAUUCUUUCCACUCAAGAGCUGAUCUACUAACAGAACAAACAGCAAAAUUAAGUAGAUCUAUAUCAAUGGAAGAAAAUGAUCCAUCUGAGACUGCUUUGGAAAGUAAUAUUGUAAUGCAGUGCAUCUAUAAAAAUAAUUUGGAACGUUUGCAAGAGUGUUUUCAAAAUGAAUUGGAUCACCAUAGAAAAGAGUUGCUUAGUUCACUAAAUCAGAGAGAUCUCUCUGGAAAAUCACCACUUGAUGUAGCAGCAUGCCUAGGAAGAUUUGAAAUUAUUCAAUUUCUUAUAAGCAUUGGGGCAGAAGUUAACAGUACUAGCUCAAAAGGCUACACGUGUCUGCACUAUGCUGCUGCAUGGGGAAGAAAGUCUGUUUUGAAACUUUUAGUUGAGAAGGGAGGCAACUUUCAUCUGAGAAAUAUAUUUGAGGAAAGGCCCAGAGAAGUUGCAAACAGAUAUAACCAGAAUGAAUGUGUUUAUUUUCUUGAUUGGGCAGACGCUAAAGUGAAACUUGAAGAUACUGUUUCAAAAUCUCUUGAGAUGGUAAACGAACAAGACAAAAAUGCCACUGUCAAAUUAACCAAGGAAGAAAAGUUUAUUGUUAUAAAUACCUGCAAAGAGAAGCAGGAGUGGAUGGACAAAAACAAAGAACCAAGUAUACAAGACUAUGAAAUGCACCUGACUUCAUUUUUAAAUAUUGUUCAACCAAUUUUACAGAAAAUAAUUGAACAAGCUUCAGUCUCAAUGAAAGAUGCUUCACUUAGCAGACCCCUUUCCAGAGUCAAGUAUCCAUCUAGCAGUCAUUCUCUAAAUGGGCCUAAAGUCAGGGUCUGAAGAGCAUGAGAAGUAGUACAUGAAUGUAGCAGUUCCGACUUGCCAGAGUUUCAAUCAGAGUUCAUGACUUACUGCUUUCUUGCAAAUUUUUCAUUUGGUAUUGUGUUUAAAAUCAAUAUUUACGUUAGUUAAUCAUCUUGCACAUUAAAAAUGGCAUUAAAAGUAUUGCUAAAGUAAAUUUUAAUGGCCUUAAUUUAAAAGCAAUGACUUCUUCUGUGAUAUUUCAUAUUUGUUUUUAUAAUUUUAAUUCUAGUUAAAAAGGAUGAAAGUACAACUGUUUGUCAAAUAUUGUAGAUCUAUAAAAACAUGUAUAUAUUUUUGUUAACAUAUAUUGAUUCAAUACCUGAGUGAUAUGUGGUUUUGGUUUUUGACUAGCUUAAAUUUUAUAAUAUUUUUUUUUAAAUACCAAGAAAAGACUCUAUGAAAGUUGUAGGUUAGGUUUAUCAUCUCUCUAUAUUUAAUUUCUUUUAUCUACACCUGAUUAUUAUAAACAUCUGGGAUUGACUUCGGUUAUAAAGUUGAAAGUGAUCAAAUAUAAAUCAUACUUAUUUUUAGUCUAUAAAAACUUUGACUAGAUGUUUUAUGAAAAUAUCAAUUCAAGAAAUAAUAAACAUUUUAUUCUCAUUUCUAA